AUGGACUCCCUGGAUCACAUGCUGACCGACCCGCUGGAGCUGGGAAUGGAGGGGAACGGCACGCGGAUCAUGGAGGACUGCAUGCUGGGUGGCACCAGGGUCAGCCUGCCCGAGGACCUGCUGGAAGAUCCCGAGAUCUUUUUUGAAGUUGUCAGCCUGUCUACGUGGCAGGAGGUGCUGACAGAUGCCCAGAAAGAGCACCUCAAAAAAUUCCUGCCGCACUUCCCUGAAAACAGCCGAGAGCAUCAGAACAAGCUCAUCUCCGCGCUGUUCAGCGGGGAGAAUUUCCGUUUCGGAAACCCCCUGCACAUUGCCCAGAAGCUCUUCGGAGAUGGGCACUUUAAUCCUGAAGUUGUGAAAUACAGGCAGCUCUGUUUCAAGUCCCAGUACAAGCGCUACCUGAGCUCUCAGCAGCAGUACUUCUACCGACUGCUCAAGCAGAUCCUGGCAUCCCGCAAUUACUUGCUGGAUCUAGCUAGGAGAGGAGGGCCCGAUAUGACCCUGAAGAAAAAGCGCUUCUCACCGGUGUGCGACACCGAAGAACGGGACCGACGGACCCAUCGGCGCUACUUGAAGAUCCUGAGGGAAGUGAAAGAGGAGUGUGGAGACACUACCUUGUCCUCUGAUGAGGAAGAUCUAAGCUCCUGGUUUCCAAAUUCUCCGGCUCGUUGUCCAAGUCCAGCAGUUCCACUGCGAGUGAUCCCCACGUUAUCGACUAUGGACAUGAAAACAGCAGAUAGGAUAGAACUUGGGGAAAGCGACUUGAGGAUGAUGUUGAAGAAGCACCAUGAGAAACGAAAACGUCAGCCUGACCACCCAGACCUAAUGACAGACGACCUGACUCUUGAUGAUAUUAUGACUCGUGUAAAUGCUGGCAGGAAAGGUUCCUUAACAGCCUUAUUUGACCUCGCAACGCUGAAGAAAAAGGUGAGAGAAAAGGAAGACAAGAAGAAGAAAAAACUGAAGAUGAUUAAAUCCGAGGUGGAAGACUUGGCCGACUCCCUAAGCAACGCGGAUGGGAUCCCAUCACUGUCUCAGGGUUCUUCCCCGCUUCCUCUGUCAUCUGUCAAAGAGGAACCUCUUGAAGACAUGAAGCCAUGCCUUGGAAUAAAUGAAAUAUCUUCCAGCUUCUUUUACCUUCUUUUGGAGAUUCUGUAUCUGGAAGGGCCUGCUAGUCUCUCUGUGCUUGAGGAUAAAGUUCUAGAUUGGCAAUCUUCUCCUGCCAGCACACUAAAUAACUGGUUCUCCUUUGCCUCCAACUGGUCUGAAUUGGUUUUGCCUGCCCUGCAGUACUUGACAGGUGACAGCAGAGAUGUUCCUUCCAGCUUCUCUCCUUUUGUUGAAUUCAGGGAAAAAACUCAGCAGUGGAAAUUGCUUGGUUCUUGCCACGAUCACGAGAAAGAAUUGGCAGCACUUUUUCAGCUCUGGCUGGAGACCAAAGACCAAACCUUCUUCAAGGAAAAUGAAGACAGCUCAGAUGGCACAACACCAAUUCCUAGGGUAAGGACUGACUAUGUAGUCCGACCUAGCACUGGAGAGGAGAAACGUGUUUUUCAGGAGCAGGAGCGUUACCGCUACAGCCAGCCCCACAAGGCUUUCACCUUCCGGAUGCAUGGCUUUGAGUCGGUGGUUGGCCCUGUGAAGGGGGUGUUUGACAAGGAAACGUCACUAAACAAAGCCCGAGAACACUCUCUCCUGCGCUCAGACAGACCAGCGUACGUCACCAUCCUGUCCCUCGUUCGUGAUGCUGCCGCUCGCCUUCCUAACGGCGAAGGAACCCGCGCUGAGAUCUGUGAGCUGCUCAAAGAUUCCCAGUUCCUGGCUCCCGAUGUCACAAGUGCUCAGGUUAAUACUGUUGUCAGUGGCGCUUUGGACCGCUUGCAUUACGAGAAAGACCCCUGUGUGAAAUAUGAUAUUGGCCGCAAGCUGUGGAUUUACCUGCACCGGGACCGGAGUGAGGAGGAGUUUGAACGGAUUCACCAGGCUCAAGCUGCUGCAGCAAAGGCCAAGAAAGCUCUCCAGCAAAAGCCCAAACCUCCAGCAAAAAUGAAGUCGAGCAGCAAGGAGAGCUCUGCGAAAGGCCCCCCUAGCAGCAGCGCCGAGCCCGGCCAGCUGAGCCUCAGUGACUCCAGCCUGCCCCCCACGCCCGUGACGCCGGUGACCCCGACGGCGCCGGCGCUGCCGGCCACCCCCAUCUCCCCGCCGCCGGUGGCCGUGCGGGUGGUCACGGCCCCGGGCAGCCUCCCCGCGGGGGCUCAGCAGGCGCCCGUGGUGACGCAGCAGCAGCCACCGCCUGCGCCCGCGCCUCCGAUCCGCGUUCCUGCCACGGCCUCGCAAACCAAGGUGCUGCCUCAGGCUGUGAUGACUCUGCCAGUGAAAGCUCAAACCAGCCCCGUGCAGGUGCAAAGAGCGGGCGCCUCCAUGACGGGACAGACGGGCAUUGCCGUGGCAGGGCUGUCGGCAGCCCCCAGCGCUGCUCUGAAGCCAGUGACCAGCUCUCCGGGCAGCUCUGCUCCAAGCACGUCCUCUACCACUGUCAUCCAGAACGUGGCUGGCCAGAAUAUCAUCAAGCAGGUGGCUAUUACAGGGCAGCUCGGCAUGAAGACGCAGCCAGGAAGCAGUAUUCCCCUCACGGCUACCAAUUUUCGGAUCCAAGGAAAGGACGUGCUGCGCCUGCCGCCCUCCUCCAUCACCACGGACGCCAAGGGCCAGACGGUGCUGCGCAUCACCCCGGACAUGAUGGCCACGCUGGCCAAAUCUCAAGUCACUACUGUCAAACUCACUCAGGACCUUUUCACGGCGGCCGCGGGAAGCGGCGCCGGCGCCAAAGGCCUCUCCGCAACUUUGCACGUGACGUCCAACCCUGUCCAGGCCGCCGACUCUCCGGCCAAGACCAGCACGGCCACGUCGGCCGCUUCCAGCGCGGCGGGAAGCACCGUGGUCAAAGUGACUCCCGACCUCAAGCCCGCGGAGCCCCCGAGCUCCGCGUUCAGACUCAUGCCCGCCCUGGGCAUGACGGUGGCCGACCAGAAGAGCAAAGCCAUCACCACGGUGGCAUCCGACGAGGCCAAGCCGGCCGCCACCAUCCGCAUCGUGCAGGGGCUGGGGGGGAAGCUGCCGGCCCGAAUAACCGUGCCCCUGUCGGUGAUCAGCCAGCCCGUGAAAGGCAAGAGUGUCGUCACUGCCCCCAUCAUCAAGGGCAACCUUGGGGCCAACAUCAGCGGCUUGGGUAGAAAUAUCAUCCUGACUACGAUGCCUGCAGGGACAAAACUCAUCGCUGGGAACAAGCCAGUGAGUUUUCUGACUGCACAGCAACUGCAGCAGCUGCAGCAGCAAGGCCAGGCCACGCAGGUGCGGAUUCAAACAGUCCCAGCCUCCCAUCUGCAGCAGGGAACAGUGUCUGGCACAACUAAAGCAGUUUCCACUGUGGUUGUGACGACGGCUCCAUCUCCAAAGCAAACCCAAGAUCAGCUAUGAGCUCCGGUUUGGAAGUCGAUCUGCUUUC